GGAAUCAAAUUUUUUAUUUAAACCAAAAUACCAAACCCCGAUGAUGCCCUAACGUUGAAGCAGCCGCAUCGAUCGCCUCGACUCGGCCGGGCGCUAUUGCCGGUUCAUGGAGGGAUGAGCGAAUCCUGGAGGCGGAGAGCUUUCGAUUGAAGGCUUUUCUCGGCCGGCUGAUCGCUCUUGGCGAUUCAUCGUUACGGAUGCUGGUACAAAUCAGUCGAAGAAGGGGGAAAAAAACUGUUUUUAGGCAUUCUAUUAUGUUGGUGCUUUAGGAAAGGAUCUGCAACUUCUGAAAGCCAGCAGAGUAUGGGAAGUCAGAUCGGUACAGACGAUGGUGACUUGUAUCUUGACACAGAAACUGAUGAAAAGAAUGAUAGUGAUAAAGAAGAAGGGAUGGAGGAUGAACACAUUGAGCUACACAUUGAAGAUUACGACCAAGAAAGAUUUGAGCCUAAAACUUCUGCAGAGGGUGCUGAUGAGAAGCAUAAGAUGGGCUCUAACCUUUCCUUUUCCAAGAAGAGGAUAAGAUCAAUGGACAAUACCCAAGAUAAUUUGGAAAAGAUGCAGAAACUCAAGGAGGAGUCACAUUUAGAGAUGCAAUCUUAUGAAAAAGGGAACAGGGGGAGUUAUGAUAAUGAAAGGCACAGCAGAUGGGAUAAAGACUAUGAUGUGCCACUGGAUAAUCAUCCUGCUUCUAAAGUUAAAAGACGGAUGACAAGAUGGUCUAAUGAGGAUCUUGUAUCAAGAUCACUGGAUCUUCUAAACUUUACCAAUUUUGUCAAAGUUUUUGCGGGUGCUACUUCUGCCGAUCCAGAAAUUGAGGAGUUGAACUCUCAGCUUCUUGAAAUAAACCAGAAGUUGAAUGAUCUUGUACCCGUCAACAACCUACUUCUUCCCAAAGAUUUAGAUAAGCAAAUGCUUCAAAGUAAGAGCAAAGUGUGGAAAAAACUCAUUAAGAGUCGACAGCUGAUCAUUUCACGGCUGAUUAAGAAGAAUCCUACAUUUGGUUUUCUUUCUAAAAAAUUUAACAAGAAGAUCUAUAUACCAGAAAAAGAAUACCCUGACUACAAUUUUCUUGGACUUUUAAUUGGUCCCAUGGGGAGCACAAGAAAAAAAAUGGAGAUGGAAACAGGAGCCAAGAUUUCAAUGAGAGGUAAAGGUUCUGUUAGAGAAGGAAGAGCCUCGAGAUAUAAUGAGAUCAGGACAGAGGCAGAUAAGGAUGAGGAUUUGCAUGUCUACAUAGAGGCACAUACAGAGUUGUCACUCAACGCUGCAGUCAAGAUUGUAGAAAAGUUGCUAGUUCCUGUGGAAGACUCAAAGAAUGAACAGAAGAUGGAUAAUUUGAGGCUGCUUGCAGAAAUGAAGGAUAAGCGUAGAAUUGACGGAAAGGAUCAAAAGACAACACAUCUGUGUGACAUCUGUGGACAAGCUGGGCAUUCUACUACAUCUUGUCCCUUGUCUGCUUCAAAUCCUGGAACAAGCAAAAGUGAAAAUUUCCUAGGUGAUGCAGGCAGUAUUGGAGUUCCCCCUUUUAUCCAUCCCCCAAUUCCUAGUUCCAUUCCAAUCUUGAUAGGCAAUCAACAAUCCAAUGCUUUGGCAUGUUCAGACAACAAGCCUUCAGAAGAGAAUGGUUUAUCAAAUCUAUUUGUAGGCUAUCUUCCCCACUCUGUGAAUGAAGAUAAACUAAUAGAACUCUUUUUGCCAUUUGGAUGCAUAUCCAAAGCAACAGUGAUCAAAGAUAAGACCACAGGUAUAAGCAAGGGGUAUGGUUUUGUCCACUACACUGAUCCUGCCUGCGCUGCUGCGGCUAUGACCCGAAUGAAUGGGUAUAGGAUCGACGGAAAGAUUCUUUCAGUCAGGGUUGCUGUUGGACCAUCUAAUACCAACGCAAGUGUUUUACCAGAGGUCAACACAAAUUUUAUCAAGCUACUAGACAAUCCAAUCACAGCCAGUUCUCAGGGAGGACCUAGUGCGGUGAGCUGGAUAGCUCCUCUAGGAUCUCUUCCCAAAUUUCAUGCAUCUUGUUCUCCAAAAAGCAGCUAUAGGUCACAUGCUAAUUUACCAAGCUAUCCAGCUGCAACCAUUUCCCAAUGUGUAUCUAGUGUUAUAAGGACUGAUCCUACAGCAUCUGUUCUUCCUAAGUCUCAUGCAUCUCUCCCGCUAAAAACCAACUUUCCAUCGUAUGCAGAUUUACUGAGCUAUUCAACCACAGCUAUUUCUCAGGGACAAACUGCUGUUAUGAGAUCAGUAGGUCCUCCAGUGUCUAUUAGUCCCAGAUCUCAUGUGUCUUUUCCUCCAAAACAUAAGGUUGAUGUACCCAGUUAUCCUCCUGCAGCUAUUUCCCAAGGAGAACCUAGUGUUAUUAACUGGCCUGAUCUUCCUGGAUCUAUGCGUGAAGUGCACACCAUCUUUCCCUCCAAAAAAACAGCCUUGCAUCACAAUACCAUGUUUUAACUGGACCUUCCCAAUCAGCUACUGGUAUCUCAUUGAAAAAUAUACCAACCCCUGUGAUUCCUCAUGCUAUGGCCGAGAUGAGAGAACUCAAGCAGUUUCCUGGUUAUCUAAAGAGCAUUGACUCGUGAAAUAAACUUAAUCCCUCCACCACCAUGAGCACCCAGUUCCCUGGAAGCAAAGGCAACACAAGCUUGUGAUUGUCUGUUUAAGCUUAUCUCAAUAUGAUCAACUCAAUAAUGUUGUUUGCACAAUGAUGAGUAUAUUGGACAUGAGAACGGAUGGAAAAGACUAAUCCUCUAAAAUCAUCCAUGGUGCUCUAUUGUAAUCCUGUUGGUUUGAGAGAUGCCUGCCAUUUCUUGGUUUAGGGAGAAAACAACCAUAUCCGAUGCCCUUCUUUUGGUAGCAACGUGCAUGUUGCUUGCUUUCUAGCUAGUUAUUGACUUGCUGUUAAUUUUUUUUUUGGAAGAAUUAGGCAAAUGAAAGAUUUAAACAUAGAUUGAAGCCAUUUGACUAGAUGUCUCCCCCUUUAGCUUACAAUUAUGUCAAAUUGUAUGCCUUAAACUUCGUGCAUGCUACAUGGAAGAAGCUCUUCAUAGAUCUUGAGUGGAAGAGAGAUUGUGUGGGUGUGUAUUGAGAGAGAAAAGAUAGCUGUACAUUUCUUUUUAAAAAAACGUGGAUGAAUCCCUUUGUUA